CACGAAACAUGGAACUUUGUGUCUCACCUAACCUCGUGUCCUCCGAAGACCUUGGUCUGUUUUCUGUAUAUGCUUCUUUAGUUUUUAGUUCUAUAUUCUUAUAUAAAUAUAAAUGAUCAGUCAGCAUGCUAUCAAAUGAAGAAACGGGAAGUUGUGUGUGUACAUCCUGCUUUUGUAUCAUUUUGAGUGGCUGGCUUUUAAUGUGUUUCAAAAGUAAGCUCAGUCUCUCAGGCAUGUGCGUCUUAGUCUACCUUCUCCUGUUAGUCCCAGAUGCAACAGUGGCUCUUGAUGUCAACACUACUGUUGGCGAAUCAACGGUACUCCCGUGUACCCUGAUAACCACAGAUCCAGUGCACUUAGAGAAUCUGCGCUUUUACUGGCAGGACGAAAGACAUUGUGUUUUGUACUCUUUUAAUAAGGGAAAUGAGAUGUCAAGCCAUGUAAAUGAACUUUAUCGAGGCAGGAUCACAGCCUUUCCACAACACAUGAUUAGAGGAAAUAUUUCAGUCCAACUUGGAAAACCAGAGCUGCAAGAUGACGGAAGAGUUUUCCAGGUUUUUGCUGCAGUCUUUGACAAGGGGCCGAGGGGAUACGUUGAACACAAACAAAUCUGCUGCCAUACUUUACAUGUUGCAGUUCCUUACACAAGCGUUGACCUGGCUGUGAAUGAGGAAACAAUGACUGCAGUGUGCAAUACACAUAGAGGAUUUCCCAAACCUUUGGUGGAGUGGAGACUCCAGUACCUCUCUAACAACUCCCAACACUUUGUAGACCCAAGGGAUGUUUACACCAGAGCAGUACAGGACCGUGAAAAUCAUCUCUACAAUAUCAGCAGCAGGAUUGAUAUCCCUGGAGGUCUAUAUCGAUCUGUGAUCUGCCUCUUCCACAAUCCUACACUAAACGUAGCUGUGAACGCCACACAUGCUUUAAACAAAGGUGAAGCAAAGAGGAGCCUCCCUGGCUGGGCUGUAGGUCUCAUGGCCACUGUGGUGCUACUAUUUUCAGCUACACACUAGAACAUCAAUGAAAGUGUGUUACAUGUAUCGUGGAAAGGUGACUGUGAUGAUUACAACAACAGAAAGAAAUGUAUAUCAACUGUAUAUGCAAGUCAUAAUCAUAUCGACAAAAGUGAACCAUUUGUGCAUAGAAUGACUUCAUGUUUAGAGUUCGACCCAAAGUAAUCUCGGAUCAUGAUUCAGCUGACAAAUUAUCUGAAGUUCAGAGUUUGACAUCAGUUAACCUUUGUUUGUUCUUUUGGGAGACUAAAGAAAAAGCAUGAACUGAUAUUUUUAGCUAACAUUCAUUUGACCUUCCUUAGGUCACAUAAGAAUUUAGAAUAUACUGACAUCCCAGUUAAAAAGCUUCAAUUGGAGGAUUUUGUCAUUGGGGGAGGGUCUGAGCCUGAUGGACAGCAGCUUUAAGCUUUUUUUUUUUCUUUUUUAAGUGAGUUGGAGACAUUAAGCUGUUGGACAAACUGGCUCAGGAGGAAUCCACUUGGAAUAAUGCCAUUCGAAUUAGCUAAACAAACAAGCAGAGGGGAUUUUCUGCAUGGUCAGUAAAAAAAAGAAAGCUGAUACAGCACAGAUACACGGCACUGCCAGGGUCACACUUUGAAUGUCAAGGGUCACAAAUGAGGAAUGACAAAACUAUUAAAGACAUUUUCAUUCAUUCAUCUAAGUCGAACAAAACAACAAAUCAAGAGGAGGAUUACUUGGCUGCCAUCUCUGUUGUUUCAAAUCUAUGACAAAUCAGACAUGAUCAUCAUCAGAAAAACAGCCAGACCUCCAAGCCUUCAUCACAUAGAAUAGAUUUCAACAGCAUCCUGUAUGGCACACUAUCCAAAACCUCCUGACUCCACCAUACAGGACCAAGUACCGACCCCAGGGCAACAAAGACUUCCUCAUAGCUGCCCGCUCCCUCUGAAAAUUCCUAUCCAAACAUUUCUGUGACUGCACUGACCUACACACCUUCAAAAACACUUUUUGUGUUAUAUUUUUGGGUUUUUCAAACUAUUUGACAGAGACAGCUGAAGAGUGACAAGAAAUGUGGGGAGCCACAGGUCGGAUUCAAACCCUGGGCUGCCGCGGCAAGGACUGAGACUUUGCACAUUGGACAGUUGCUUUGUGUCUUUUUAGUGUACUGUUUUAAUGUUUUCCUCCUGUACAGCAUCUUUGAGUAUUUAUAAAUCUGUCUUGAAAAAUAUAUUGCAUUCCAAAAAAUAA